CCGCGACGGUUUCUGCCCUCGGGCCGUGGGGGGCGGCAACGCUCGACUGGCCCCUGCGGCGGCCCGUAGCCCCGCGUUAGGCACCGGUUCAGGGUUGGGCUGUUGCUGUCGCGGUGGGUUCGGGGGAGUGCCGGUGACCUCGCUGCAGGUGUCCUGCGCCGGACGCUGUCGCCCGAGGAGAAGGAGGAGGAAGAGGAGGACACCCGGCCUACCGGGUCUUCUGGACCUUCGGAGUCCAUGGGCCUGUGAAGGCUUUGGAGGAGCUAUACUUCUGAGGGGACUGUGGGAGUUUGACUCUUCGGGUGUGUGAGGGGCAGCCUAGUACCCUUGAGGGCGCAAAGAAGACCGUAGGGACUUUACUUCCUCUUCCAGAGGCCGGGCUUCCCUGCGUUGGUUACCCCCUCAUUCUUUCUCACUUCCUCUCAAUGUUCUCUCCAUAUAUCUGGAAAUAUGAUCAGCGCCCCUGACGUGGUGGCCUUCACCAAAGAGGAGGAGUACGAGGAGGAACCUUACAAUGAGCCCGCCUUGCCCGAGGAGUACUCCGUGCCACUCUUCCCCUUCUCCAGCCAGGGAGCCAACCCGUGGUCCAAACUGUCCGGGGCCAAGUUCUCUCGGGACUUCAUCCUUAUUUCCGAGUUCUCCGAGCAGGUGGGACCCCAACCCUUGCUGACCAUCCCCAAUGACACCAAAGUUUUUGGUACUUUCGAUCUCAAUUACUUCUCCUUGCGGAUCAUGUCUGUGGAUUACCAGGCGUCCUUUGUGGGCCAUCCCCCUGGUUCUGCCUACCCCAAGCUGAACUUUGUGGAGGACUCCAAGGUGGUGCUGGGAGACUCCAAGGAGGGAGCCUUUGCAUAUGUGCACCACCUUACCCUGUACGACCUGGAGGCCCGGGGCUUUGUGAGACCUUUCUGCAUGGCUUAUAUCUCAGCAGACCAGCACAAAAUCAUGCAGCAGUUUCAGGAGCUCUCAGCUGAAUUUUCCAAAGCUUCUGAGUGCUUGAAGACAGGCAACAGGAAGGCAUUUGCGGGAGAACUUGAAAAAAAACUGAAAGACUUGGAUUACACCAGGACAGUGCUGCACACGGAAACGGAGAUCCAGAAGAAGGCCAAUGACAAAGGCUUUUACUCAUCUCAGGCAAUUGAGAAAGCCAAUGAACUGGCCAGUGUAGAGAAGUCCAUCAUUGAACAUCAAGACCUGCUGAAGCAGAUCCGCUCGUACCCUCAUCGGAAGUUGAAGGGGUCUGCUUUGUGUUCUGGGGAGACGGAGCACACCCAAGAUCAGACCAGCCAGGCAGCCACUACCUCUCACCCUGAUGAGUCAGCUGACACAGACCUUUAUACCUGCAGACCUGCUUAUACCCCGAAGCUCAUCAAAGCAAAGUCCACCAAGUGUUUUGACAAGAAGUUGAAGACCUUGGAAGAGCUCUGUGACACUGAGUAUUUCACCCAGACCCUGGCUCAGCUCAGCCACAUAGAGCACAUGUUCAGAGGAGACCUGUGCUACCUCCUGACCAGCCAGAUUGACAGAGCACUUCUAAAACAACAGCAUAUAACAAACUUCCUCUUCGAAGAUUUUGUGGAGGUCGACAGCAGGGUGGCAGAGAAACAAGAGAGCGUACCCCCUAAGCCCGGUCCAGGCAGGCCGCCGUCCAGGUCUCUGGAAGAAUGUCUGAUUCCUCAAGUGUUAAUUAGCGUUGGUUCUUACAAGUCCAGUGUGGAGUCUGUGCCGAUCAAGAUGGAGCAGGAACUCGGAGAUGAGGAGUACAAGGAAGCUGACGUGGCAGAAAUGAGCAGUUUUGACCCCCAGGAGAACUUGGACUACCUGGAUAUGGAUAUGAAAGGGAGCAUCAGCAGUGGUGAAAGCAUUGAGGUUCUGGGCACGGAGAAGUCCACCGCUGUGCUGCCUGAGUCUGACAGCCAGGCCAGCCUCACGGUGCCACUGAGCCCCCAGGUGGUCCGGAGCAAAGCAGUCAGCCACAGGACCAUCAGCGAGGACAGUAUCGAAGUCCUCAGCACCUGCCCCUCAGAGGCCCUCAUCCCUGAGGAUUUCAAGGCCAGCUACCCAAGUGCCAUUAAUGAAGAAGAAUCGUACGCAGAUGAUAGUGAGGGAGCCAUCCACUUCCAGGCAAGCGUCUGCGCGCCAGAGCUGGGUGAGGCAGAGGAGGGUGGCUUAGAAACCCCCCCGUCACAAAUAGACUCCUCCUGCUGCAUUGGGAAGGAGAGUGACAGUCUGCGGGUGCCCCUCUCCACUCCAGCCCACACCCCCUCGGACCAGGACGGAGUAGUGAGCAUCCCCCCGCAGCGGUACAGGCAGAAGGACCAGGGGUUCCAUGUGGACUUUGUGGUGGAAAAUGCCAACCCUUUACGAGACAGCAGUUCCGAAGGCUUCCCUGCUGAUGAGCUGGAUCCAAGCCACCUGCUGGCGAGCCGGGAUGUCAGUAAGACCAGCCUGGACAACUACUCGGACAGUGCCAGCAACAUGAGCAGUCUAGCCUCCACCAGCUCAGACAGGACUCCCUCCUCUGCUCAUCCCACUGGCCCCUCUUCCGAGAGGCAUAAAAAGAGGGCUGGCCAGAACGCCUUAAAAUUCAUCCGUCAGUACCCCUUUGCGCACCCGGCCAUCUACUCCCUGCUCAGUGGAAGGACACUUGUGGUCCUGGGGGAGGAUGAGGCCAUAGUGAGGAAGCUGGUGACGGCGCUGUCCAUCUUUGUCCCCAACCACAGCCGUUACGCCAAACCGGUGAAGCACUGGGUCUCCUCUCCUUUGCAUAUCACGGAUUUUCAGAGGUGGAAGCUUAUCGGCCUGCAGAGAGUGGCGGCCCCGGCCGGCGCCGGCACCCUGCACGCCCUGAGCCGCUACAGCCGCUACACCAGCGUCCUGGACCUGGACAACAAAGCCCUCCGCUGCCCCCUCUACAGAGGCGCCCUGGUGCCCCGGCUGGCCGACCACCGCACCCAGAUCAAGCGGGGCAGCACGUACUACCUGCACGUCCAGAGCAUGCUCACCCAGCUCUGCUCCAAGGCCUUCCUCUACACCUUCUGCCACCACCUGCACCUGCCCGCCCACGACAAGGAGACCGAGGAGGUGGUUGCCGGCCGCCAGGCGAGCUUCCUGAAGCUGACGCUGGGCCUGGUGAACGAAGACAUUAAGGUGGUCCAGUACCUGGCCGAGCUGCUGAAGCUGCGUUACGCGCAGGACGCACCCGGGACCGGCCACCCCAUGCUCAGGUUCGACUACGUGCCCAGCUUCUUGUACAAGAUCUGAGGUCUGCCCAGCCACUGUGACCGAGACCUGUGACUCUGGGUACGGGGACGGGAGGGGUUGGUGUGAGCAAGCGCUCCUCUGAGCUAUUGAGACUUCUGGUGUCAUCAGGGGAGGGAACCCGAGGGGACAGCCCUGGCUCCCGGGUGGUGUCGGGCGGUCUGGGAGGUGGACUUGGGCAGAGGCGGGCACCUGGCUCUCCGCCGGCAUCAGUAAGGAUGGUGACAGGCUGCUCCCAGGUGAAGAGUGGCCCCUGGGGUUGUUGGGAGGGGGCCGCUUGGCUUCGUGAGGACUGGCAGGCGGGCCAGGAGAGAGCCAGCACUCUCUCGAUGGGGUGGGAUGCGGGGCAGAAAGGCGAAGUGCAGACGGGAGGGGCACGCUGGCACGGUCGGCUCCCAGACACUUGGGUGGCGGGAUCAAGGGAAGCACCCCCUUCACUGGAGCACUUUAGUGGGAAACAGGACGAUGGAACAUCCGUUGCCUCAUUCAGAUCCCGGCUGGGGUCCUUCACUCGGGCCCCCAGAGCCCGUCAUCCCGGGGGAGGCCCCUGAAUGAGUGAGGUGGAGGGAGGUAGCUCUGUCUCAGCUGGGUGGUGGAAGACGCGGAACCUGCUGGACCCCGAGGCUGCAGGGAGAGGGAGCAGCAGCCUGUCUGGUCCUGGCUUCCUCCCUAGGCACGGAAAUGCCUGUGCGUGGGCUUUGCAGCUGCUUCCCCUGGGGCAGCGGCAGUGGCUAGAGUUAGUCGCUUGUCCCUGCUUGGGAGUGAGAACCACUGUGGCAGCUGGAGAGCCCGGGAGACGGGCGGGGCCACGGGGCCACGAGGCCAUCAGUACUGUGCGAGAGGUGAGCAGCCAGCAGGCCUCCGGGGCCUGGCCCGCCAGCCUUUCUGGCGCAGGGAGUCCACACCGUCCCCUUGGGGAAGGUCUGCAGGCAUGAUGGGACUCGGCCAAGGUCACCCCCCCUUCCCCGUCCUCCACCCGCAGCAAACCUUUGCAACCACUUCACUACCUCUUGCAGGGUCUCGUGGGCACGGUGCCAGUGGGGUUCUGCUCGGCUGGCUGGUCUGGGGAGGCAGCCGAGCUGGUGAGAGCCCAGGGCCAGGGUCUCCUCCAGGAAGGAGGAAAGCCUCCUUGUGUGGUUGUCUUCGUGGAUCUGGCCCACGUGGGCCUCACCCCUGCUCACUCCUGCCCUCACGCUGUCCCCUCAAAUACAUGCACCUCACCGCUGCUCACUUCCACCCCACAUGGGCCCCCCGAAUAUGGUUACCUCACCGUUGUUCGCUCCUGCCCCGCGCAGGUCCUCCGGGUCCGCUCACCUCACAGCAGCUCCCUCCCGGCCCCGUGAGCCUCCCGUCAGGGAAGGAGACAAUCCCCGCUUCACCCACCGUGACCUCCCCGACGCUUCUUGCAUAGUUGCCGUUGGUUUGUUGACGGAGGGUUUCUUGCAACCUUGACAUUUUUAUACUUUUUUUUUUUAUGGCUGCUUUUUUUCCUCCAAGUAGGGAGAACCCUUAGUAGGACUGCUUUUUAACGUGUCCCAAGACAGCUGUGACACGACAGACCCUGACAGCCACUGCGCACGCGCGUGCGUCUCCCUGUCAGCUCCGGGGCGCACCUCGGAGGUCGGGGAGCAGUAGCGGCACCUCACACCCGCGGCCCUUUCCUUGCCCGGCUCGUCUGCGCGCACGAGGAUACGGCCCGCUGGCUCCUGGCCGUCGGGGCCCGCAGUCCUGGCACAGGGCGUGUGAUUUUGCUUCUGAGGCUGUGACUGAGAAGGAACCUUCUGUGGCAGAUGGUCCGUCUACGUCUCAUGGGUUUUCUUUGUACCUGUGCCCAUUGCAUAUGUUCACACACACAAGAGUCGCCAGGAACGUCUUGGCAGCUUCGAAAUGCGAAGCGUGUGUUUGCACGUGGGGAAGGCUGCGUAGGAAGCCUGUUUCUCUCCGUGGGCUCCCCCUGCAUUGCUGCCUCCAGUGUCCCUCAUGUUCAAAAUGCUGCUUUGUUUGCUAACUGGGUGGCUUGCUGCUCUCUACUUACGCCUCCGGGGACAUGACCCUACAACAUUUUAUCUCCACGGCGCGGGAAGGUCUCUGGGGUCCGUAUGACAAGAUUGAAAGUGAUCACCGGCACCGCCAUUGCUUUUCAUUCCUGUUUCACACCAUCGUGGACUUUACAGUUUAACCGUGCUGUCACCUGGGAAACUGAUCAAGGCGGAUGGUCAGCCGUACUUGGCCUUCCAGAAGCUAAAGCCAUCGCUACCAUGGUCUGAAGUCGAUGUCACUUUGGAGGGGGUUUGCAUGGAAGCUCUGUCUCAGGGAUGGUUCCGAGGGCCCCGGGAUUCUAAGGCAAGGGACCAGAUGGGUGUGAACAGAAUAGGUGUGUCUCAUCCUGGGGCCAGCCUCAGAAAGAGCGAAUGAGGAAGGAGUGUCCACCUUGAGUCGUUCCUUCAUGGCUUCACGGACCAGUAGGUAGACUCCAGGUUUUAAAGUUUGGUUCAAGUCUAACUUUUCAUUGUGGCAGUUUCAGAGGAUUCCCAGAUGCCAGGUGUGUUUCUUUCCAGAGGGACUGCAGAGUGGUCCUGGGACAGAGCCAGUUCGGGCAGGCACUUGAGGCCAUGAGCUGCCCUUCCCAGACCCCGUCCACUUUGGAGAACUGGAACCCACUAGAAGUCCCCCACCUGUAAACCUUAAGGUGUGGGGAGCCCUAUGUAGUGGGACUGAUCUCUUUAAGAGUUUUCGUUUGAGGUUUGUCUCAAAUAAAACAUUUUAAAAACACUUUGCAAAAAAUAGAGGACAUUUGUGCCUCUUAUUACUUUGUCAGUCCUGACUCACUUUGAAGGUCCAGCCACCAAAAGUGAUAUCGGGUUUAUUUCAACUUCUAAUCCACUUCCACUCCCCCCACCCCCAACCACCCCUUGUUCAGUAGGUCCAGGUUGAGAGCAGGCUAGCGGUCCGGCAGUAGUGAUUUCCAGAAGCUCCGUGUGAGGGAGGAGCCAAAGCCUUUGUAGCACCGUGGCCCUCGGGACGCUCCGACCUGAGCCGCUGCCUCACACCUCACCAUUUCCCUAGGGAUCUUGCUCUUUUAGUGGACUCUCCGUUGGGAUUUUAAAAAUCAGUGACUUUUCCGUGAUUUCCUGCAGUGGCUGAAGUUACAUGAAUUGCACCAGAAUUGGGAAAUGGACCUUGUUCGCCCCCCUGUCAUUUCCCAUCUAGCUUUUAACUUCUUUGUUGCUAUAUUCAAGGUAUCGUAGGUUUCCAUCUCAAACAACAACACAGCCCAGUUCAAAUCCUCGGAAGGCCAACAGAUUGUACCCCAAGUGCCACAGUUGGUAACACUCAGCUGGUGGGGAGCCCAUCGGCAAGUGUGGACCGCCUUCAGAGGAGCUGAUCUCCCAAGCUGGCAAUCCGGUGUUACUUCCCAUCUCCCUAGAAAGCUCAGAAGAAAGUGCCUUGGUUUGUGCUCUGAAGCCAACCAGCCAGCCCUCUGGCUUUUCCCCCAUACUGUGAUAGAAAGUCACAAAACUGGAAUCAUUCCAAGAGAUAGAUAUUAACAGACUGCAAAAAGGAGAAAAAGCAUCAAAUUUCUACUUCUGGCUGGAAAGACAACCAGUGUCAGCUGAAAAGGUCUGAGCACACCAAGUGUUCCUGAGCCUUCAAAGGAGAAAGCUGUGAGCGGUGACCUAAUCCGGUCUUAUCUUUUAAGGUUUGGUUAUGGCCACGGGGAGGGGGGGUUGCAGAGGGAGCCCUUGGCAGUGAAUCAAGCUGCUGUUAGGGAGCCCCGGCUUCCUGGGAGUAAUUCUUCAGCUCCAACAUGGAGGCCACACAGGGGGUCGGUCUUGGAGAUGGCCUUUUGUCUUCAGUUCGGGGAGAAGCCAAGCCCCUGAACCUAAGACUGGCUUGGCAGCAUCAUGCUCCCAAAGUGAAGGCGGAGAUAUGGGGACCCACACCCCAUGGAGUCUGCAGCAGCCCAUCCCCACCCGUGCUGGAGUGAAUGCCAAGACCGUGCUGGACCUCGGGCCCCAGGGGUGCCCUCCAGGCAGGACCAUGGGGCACCUCGCCCACCGACUGCCCAACGCUGGCUGGCUGUACAGGUUGGGUUAAAAAAUGCCACCUUUUAAGGCUGCUGUGAAAAGCAUAGUCUGUGAUGAAUUCGUAUGUGUUAUUUUUGGAAAGCUAUUUUAUUACUGCAUGUUCCUCCGUCCACGCGGGCGAACGCUGAGCCCGCCCGCCACGUGCGCUGCGGCCCUCAAGGCGCGCGCACCCCGGACGCGCGCGUCGCCACGGCUCUUGCGUGUGGCCGCACCGGAGUCUGACCACAGUAAAUGCCAAACAGUCUGAGAAGUGUACUUUUUAAGAAAUUAAUUUAUUUGAGUUUAGAUAUUUUUGAAAUAUAAAAAUUGGUUGUAUUUUUUAAAGCUAUAAUUCAUGUAGACAUUCUGUGGUUAAAAAUUGAUUGUGCUUAUUAUUAAAAAUGGUCAUCUAUGUUUUGCACUUCAGCUUUGUGAAAAAUAAAGUUUCUCUGGGAAGGUGC